UUUUUUUCGUUUUUAGCUAAAACGUUAGUGCCAUCAUGAUUCUGCAUCAGAUUCUGCGACUUUCUUCCAUUUUUCGCUCUGCGGUUUCCAUUCACUUGCGCAGAAACAUAGGCCUCUCUGCUAUUGUCUUUAAUAAGACAAAAGAGCUCGAUCCGGUUCAGAAGCUCUUCGUGGACAAGAUCAGAGAAUACAACACAAAGAGCAAGCAAGCUGGAGGGCCAGUCGAUACAGGCCCUGAAUUUCAGAAAGAGAUGAAUGAAUCCCUUGCUAGACUGCAGCGGGCGUAUGGUGAAGGAGAUCUAACCAAGUUCCCAGAAUUUAAAUUUGAGGAGCCCAACUUUGAGGAGACUCCAAAGUGAUCUCUGGAGGUUGUACACCAAACGGCAGCGUACCUCAGUGGAGUUGCUGAACAUGGCACAAGUUGUAACUUAAUAAAUGCAGUGUUUCAGUUUGAUUUCAGAA